AUGUUGGACCCAGAUAUUUCAAAUGCUUUAGCUGCCAAAUAUAUUGCAGUUCCACUUAUGUUCCCUAUACACCAAAUAUCUGUCAAAGACUUUGCAGGUGAAGUUGGAAACCAAAGUGCUGACCCAGGUGCAAGAACAGAUAUUGCUUUAACAACUGCAAUGAAACAUGCAGAUACUAUGUUUGUACUGUUCAGACGAACUAUAAAUGACUAUUCUUGUUUCUACAACCCCGGUAUUAAAUAUCAUAUAAACAUAGAUGGCAAAUAUUAUCCAAGAGAAGAAUAUUCUACAGUUGAGGAUAUGAGGUCAUACAACUUGACAUUAGAUGCUAUGAACUUUAACAACAACUUCACAACAACCAUUAACCCUGAAAUGCAAAGUUCUAUUAUGCCAUAUGUGAAAGUAUGGACUCAUACAGGAGGUCAAAAAACUCAAUAUACAAAUGGAGACCGUUCAAACUUUUGGCUUGGCAUUCCAUUUGCUGACUCAGAAGACUUUAUGGGUGGUAUUUCAACUGUUGGUACUGUACAAAUACAAUAUACUGGUGACAGAGACGGUCCAGAUGAAUUGAAAGCAAAGAAGUUUACAAAACCAAUAGCACUUUUCACGGAAGAUGCUCUUUUGAAGAUUC